GAAAUUUGGCAAGUAACCACUGCAUAACUCUUCAUAUGAUCUUUCAAACUAUUUGUUCCCUUGUACAUACUACACCCAAAGUAGUCAUUAUACAAUUACUUUAAAAAAAUAAACAUUUUUAUCCUUUCAGUUUGGCCUGUAUAUGAUGAACUACAAAGCAAAUCGUUUAUCAUUCUUGUAACAGAACAGCAUCGUAAUGUAUUUGCUAAAUGCAUUUUGCCAAGCAAUCAGUUCAAAACAUUUUAGCUGCUUUUUGCUUAUAGCACUACACGGCACUCCUGCAGGAGAUUUUAAAUCCACACAAGAACAGAACGGUUUGGAUAAAGAUCUAUCAGCAGACGGAAGGCCUCUUGUUGGAAACCGGCUCCGUGGGCUGACUGGCGUUUUUGUUCUAACUAUUUUUGUGGAUGAGUCAUCCAGGCCUCUGAGCGAACAGCUUCCUCGACGGCUACGGUCUUACAACUUUUCUGGGACGGAGGAUCGGAGUGACGGGAUUACCAGGACAAGAAUGAGCAGAGCAGAUCUAUCUGGGCUGUCGUAUUGAAAAUGGUUUUUCUAUGUGGAGUGCUGUACAGACGUGAACAGAUUAUUGUGGGUACAUAAUCUUUAGGAUCAUGUACUUUAUUUAUAAGUACAUUAUUUCAGAAUAUCUUAACUAUUGAAAACAAUGGCGACCUUUCAUCUGUGGAAGUUAUCUUCGCAAAAACUUGGGUUUUUUUUGGUGGCAUUUGGAUUCAUAUGGGGAAUGAUGCUUCUGCACUUUACAAUCCAACAACGGACACAACAUGAAAGCAGUGCUAUGCUUCGUGAACAGAUCCUGGACCUUAGUAAGCGAUAUAUCAAAGCAUUGGCAGAAGAAAACCAAAAUGUAGCAGAUGGACCCUACGUUGGCACAAUGACUGCAUAUGAUUUGAAGAAGACAUUGGCUGUUCUCCUUGACAACAUUUUGCAGCGACUUGGAAAAUUGGAGUCCAAAGUGGACAACUUGAUGAUUUCAAAUGGGACAGGAAUAAACUCCACAAAUGUUACUGCUACAGUGAUCCCCAGCUCUGGUACUGUAGAGAAAGUUAAUGUAGCAGAUCUAAUUAAUGGUGCUCAGGAGCAGUGUGAAUUGCCUCCUAUGGAUGGCUUCCCUCAUUGUGAGAGCAAAUUGAAGUGGAUGAAAACUAUGUGGCGAUCAGAUUCCUGCUAUGCCAGCUAUGGUGUGGAUGGGUCCAUAUGCUCAUUUUUUAUUUACCUCAGUGAGGUUGAAAACUGGUGUCCUCCUCUGCCAUGGAGAGCAAAGAGUCCUCGGGAAGAGACCGACCAACAAACUGUGGCUGAAAUUCGAACAGAUUUUAAUUACCUCUUUAAAAUUAUGUCUGCACACGAUGAAUUUCGAUGGAUGCGAUUGAGGAUAAAUCGAAUGGCAAGUGCUUGGAUUGAGGCUGUAAAAUCACUUGCGGAGAAACAAAAUCUAGAAAACAAACGUAAAAAGAUUCUUAUUCAUCUUGGACUUUUAACAAAGGAAUCGGGAUUUAAGAUAGCGGAGAAUGCUUUCAGUGGUGGCCCCCUUGGUGAAUUAGUGCAAUGGAGUGAUUUGAUUACAACUCUUUACCUAUUGGGCCAUGACAUUCGGAUUUCUGCUUCAUUGGCUGAAUUAAAAGAGAUAAUGAAGAAAGUGAUGGGUAACAGAUCAGGUUGCCCAACUCGUGGUGAUAAAGUAGUAGAACUAAUCUAUAUCGACAUUGUUGGUUUAACACAAUUUAAAAAGACACUUGGUCCAUCCUGGGUUCAUUAUCAGUGUAUGCUGAGAGUGCUGGAUUCAUUUGGUACAGAGCCAGAAUUUAAUAGUGCUCAAUAUGCUCAGUCUAAGGGUCACAAGACACCAUGGGGUAAAUGGAACCUUAACCCACAACAGUUCUACACCAUGUUUCCUCAUACACCAGACAACAGUUUCCUAGGAUUUGUGGUUGAACAACAUCUCAAUGCCAGUGAUAUUAGUCAUCCGGAUGAUAUUAAAAGACAAAAUCAGUCCUUGGUAUAUGGCAAAGUGGAUCACUUUUGGAAGGAUAAAAGAUCUUACUUGGAUAUAAUUCACACAUACACGGAAGUCCAUGGCACAGUUCACGGAACAAGCACAGUCCACAUUCCUAAUUACGUGAAAAACCAUGGGAUACUUAGUGGACGUGACCUUCAGCUCCUGCUACGAGAAACUAAGUUGUUUGUUGGUCUUGGUUUUCCAUAUGAAGGUCCAGCUCCUCUGGAAGCCAUUGCAAAUGGAUGUGCAUUCCUAAAUCCACGCUUCAGUCCACCUAAAAGCAGUAAAAACACUGAAUUUUUCAAAGGCAAGCCAACUCUCAGAGAGUUGACUUCACAACAUCCAUAUGCUGAAGUAUAUAUUGGGAAACCUCACGUCUGGACUGUUAACAUUGAUGAUCCUGUAGAGGUUGAGCAUGCAGUGAAGGCUAUUCUUAAUCAGAAGAUUGACCCAUAUUUGCCGUAUGAAUUUAACUGUGAAGGAAUGUUGCAGAGAGUCAGUGCUUUCAUUGAAAAUCAGGAUUUUUGCCAUGGUCAAGUGAUGUGGCCUCCUUUAAGUGCACUCCAAGUUAAAAUUGCAUCUCCCAAGCAGUCUUGUAAGCAGAUCUGUCAAGAGAAUAAGCUCAUAUGUGAACCAUCCUUUUUUCAACAUCUGAAUAAAGACAGCGAUUUGCAAAAAUAUGGAAUUGAAUGCCAGUCAUUUGAAUCUUUAAGUGAUAUUGGUGUUCCAGCUUAUGACGAAAACAAGAAGCGCUGUUUUUUCCAGAAUGAUUUGUUGCUUUUCAGCUGUGCAGGUUCAAAUGAAAAUUUUAAGAGAAUCUGUCCAUGCAGAGACUAUAUGAAGGGACAAGUUGCCUUAUGUCAAGAAUGCUUAUAGCACUUGUUCAUCCUUACACAGUAGUUUGAACAAAAAAGGGCUGGGUUAUUAGGUCUUCAUGACGGCCAAACAUCGAUUGUUAAUUUUUGAAAGAGCCCUUCAAAAAAGACACGGGGGGGGAAAUAUUGUUUGACUCGAACAUUGGUUCACUUGAAGAGAAUAGAUAUUGACCUAGCCCAGGUGAACAUUGUUAAUUAUGAAAAAUUAUCUACCCAAUGGAAAGAACAAGUAAUGUUUUUUAAAAAGGUUUCUCAUUUAUAAAAGUCAUUUUUGACAAGGGUUGGUGUAUAGAUGUAAAUGAAAGAUGUACUACUAAAUAUUCUAAAUUCAGAAAAUAGUGUUAUCAAGUAUGAAAAGUUAUGGUGAGCUAAAUAAAAUGUAAUUAAUGAUGGAUAAUUGAGCAUGCUGUAAGGAGCUGCUUAGUAAGUUUUGGCUUACUUUUAAUUCAGGAGAAAUAAAACAAAAUCCCAACAGAAUGGCUUAGUACCAGUUCAAAGUAAUCCAACUGGAGUGUUUCAAAAUAAUCAUACCAGAUAAGAGAAUCCUGAUGGCCAUUAUUUCAGAUGUCAUUCCCUCUUAGUCAUGGCCACUACUGUCAGUUAUUUAAAGGACAAUAUGCUGAUAUUGCUGAUAGUAAUAACUUUAAAAUAUAGAAUGCUAAUUGUUUUAAAUCAUGCUUUAAGAUUUGAUUUAAGUAUUUGAAUGAUUUUUAAACAAAACUGACCUGCUGGAAUGAAACAUGGAGAGAAUUCCAGAAAGAGCAUUGUUACAUUGUGGUUAUUACUUUUAGCUUUAUUAUACAUCAUUUAAGAUGCUGGCAGUGCUUUCAACCAACUGAUCCAAAGUGUUAACUGAUCUUAAGUGGACAUAUUUCAGGCCACAAAUACGUUGGCUAAAUGGGCAUUUUAAGUAGCAACCUGCUGUUUGAGAAAUUGUUCCUAUUGUAAAUUGUACAUAAACAGCCUGGUGUAAAAUGUUUUUUUUAAAACUCCUAUAAUCAUAUCAUGUUUACCAUAAAAAUGAAGUAGAAUUUCAUAUUUGCACUUUCUUUUCGGGCUCAGGAGUAUACAUAUUUUAGGCAGUGCAUUUAAACCAUUUUAGCCAUACAAAAAAUGAGUAACACAUGUUCUUGUCACCAGAUUGUUUUGGGUAUGUUACAAAGCUUUAGUGCAAUCACAAUCAUUUCUCUCAAAUUAUUUAAUUAAAUCAAAAUGUUUGGUCAGAUGAUCUAGUCACAUUUAACCCAUUAUCAAAAAGUGGAAGAGAGAAUUAUAGCUGAAAUUUUAAUCUGCAGCAUUGCAAAAAAUCAUCUGGUUCUUUUCUCAGUUGACAGUAGUGAUAGUGGUUGGAAAUCAUUGUUGACUAGAAGAGACUAACAAAUUUCAGAACUGUUUACUGGUUAUUGAAAAUAUAAAGAUAUUAGCCUAUUGGUUGAGUUGUAGUGGUGCUGAAAAGAUGGUUUAAGCUUUCAGAACAUUUGAUAUACAAUUUGCAUAUGUUCACUUUUACUUAAUUCAACACAGAUAUGUACCCCUGAUUAUUAACCCUUAUCUGAAUGAAGUGUAAUGAAGAAUAUGUAAAUACAGAAAUGAUCAAAAAUAAGUAUGGCUUUUGGAAAAUCAGUGACAUAGAGUUAAUCAACAGCAGCUAAACCUCAUUAACAGCAGAUUUAUCCAAACAAUUUUGCACAUUUGUACAUAAAUUUUUUUUUAGGUACUCUAACUUGCUUUCUUUGCUUUGUUGUGCUUGUAAAUAUUAAAUGUUUUCUGUGGCUAUGGUGCCAUGUAAUGUAUAUUAUGUGCCUUUUAAGGGUAUUAAAGUUGCUUAUCAACUUGUAUAAAAAUACUUAAUGGCAGUCAUAAUUUAGAUUGUGCAUAGUGUUGUUAAGUGAGGAAAUGGAAGAAAAUGAUUUUCCUGUAUAUUUUCGCAAAUGGCAUAUAUUGAAAUGAGUUGUGCUUUGAAAGCUGUACUUGCAAGCAUAGAAAUUGUUUCCAGUUUUUGAUCAGCAGGAAAAAAACUUUAUUUUUCAAUAAAUCUUUUCUGUGAAGAGAAUUU